ACUCCGUUUCCACUCUCGAGGCGUUCUCGCUCUCGCGCCUCCAAUCAUCGAGGAGGCAACACUUUGGGGAUCACUGCAAUCUCCGGAUCAAUCACACUCUGUAUGCUAAAGAGGCGUUCCGUUGGGCUCGAUCGGUUGGUUUUUCUGGCAUUUUCUUCGGGUUUUGGUUAGGUCUCAUCUGAAUGCCCUCGUUCAUCUCCAGCAUUGAUUUGUAAUGAGAACUCUCGACGGAUGUCGAGUAAUAUUUGAUCUUCCGAUUAAAUGAAGGGAUAAAUCUGAUGGUACAUGUCCAUUGGGUUGGACCAGAACCUUGGUGACUGAAGGCUAAUGUAUAAUGGGCACCAUCGGUGAAAAAGAUUGGGAUGAUGAGUACUCGGAGAUCAGUGAAAAGCCGGAGGUUGAGUUCUUGGAUUACGAGGAUGACAAAUCUCUUCACAGUUUUGAUCCGCUUGAAGGUCCUGUUCAAAUCACAAGUCCUUUUCCCUUUGUUAAUGGGAAACCGCAGUCUGCCUUUAUCGGAGAAACAUCAGCAGAUUCAAUCAGUAUCAAGAACACAACCAGUGACCCUAUAGAACUAUGGAGUAUUAGGAUUUUCUCAUCUAAUCCAGAGGACAGCUACAUCCUGUCAAUGAUGAAGCCUCCAGCAGAUAAUGCUGAUAUGGACGCAAGGCGUAGCUUUGUUGGGUCAACGUAUUUGGAGGAUAGGGUGCUUCAGCCGGAACAAACUCUCACGAUUUGGCUGUCUUGCAAGCCAACAGAUAUUGGGCUGCAUACUUCUGUUUUGCAUUUUGACCUGGAAUAUGAGAAAGUUGAACGAGUGGUCUUUCUACUAGCGGAAGACAAGGUCUCACAGGCUUUGUUCUCUGACAAGCCUUAUAGAGCAUCGUCACGGAGGAAAAUGUUUGAUAAUGAUCGGUAUGUGGCAGGAUCUCGUCCACCUCGGGCACAUACGCAGGGGAUUCGCAGAUACAGGCUUCCUCCGUUUGAUAUACCCCAAGAUUUACGUGAAAUUAUUGAGAAUAAACAGGUUCCUGAUGUGAUUACGGAAGGCUUAAAUAGGAAGAACUAUGCAAAGUUUUUCAGCACCCUCCUUGUCAUGGAAGAAAUUAAUUUGGAGGAGGAGAUGAGAGCAUAUGACAUGGAGUGUGUGGCCAUGAAGAGAAGGGGCAAAUAUUUGUUGUCCCUUGAGGUGCCUGGAUUGGCUGAGAGAAGACCCUCACUAGUUUAUGGUGACUAUAUAUUGGCGCAGCUAUCAUCUGACAGUGCAGAUGAUGAUAGACUCCCUUACCAGGGUUACAUUCACAGGGUUGAGGCAGAUGAAAUAUAUCUGAGAUUUGACAGGAGCUUUCACCACAAGCACAGGGAGGAUGAUGUUUACAAUGUCAGCUUCACAUACAAUAGAGUGAACAUGAGAAGGCUGUACCAAGCAGUUCAUGCUGCUGAAAAUUUAGGGAUAGACCUUCUCUUUCCUUCAGAGUCACAUCGCAGAAGGGUCAUCGAAAGAUCGUCUUUCAAACCAUUCAAUCCAUAUAUAAAUAGGGAGCAAGCCCGUGCAGUUGAAAUGAUACUUGGCUGCAGAGGAUCUCAUCCUUACGUCAUAUAUGGACCACCAGGGACUGGAAAGACGAUGACACUUGUGGAAGCCAUAUUGCAGCUCUACACAACCAGGAGAAAUGCACGGAUUCUUGUAUGUGCUUCAUCAAACAGUGCGGCCGACCAUGUUCUGGAGAAACUGCUUGAUAAAGAUGGACUAGGGGUUCAGGAAAGUGAAUUGUUUAGGCUAAACGCAACCAGCCGUGCAUAUGAGGAUGUUAAGCCUGAUUUUAUUCGUUUUUGCUUCUUUGAUCAUAUGGUCUUCAAAUGCCCUCCUCUGAAGGCCUUGCUGCGGUACAAGAUCAUAAUCUCAACCUACAUGAGUGUGUCACUAUUAUAUGCUGAAGGCAUUCAUAAAGGUCAUUUCUCCCAUAUUUUAUUGGAUGAGGCGGGUCAAGCCUCUGAACCUGAAACCAUGAUCCCGAUAUCAAACUUGUGUGCAAGAGACACUGUGAUUGUGCUGGCAGGAGACCCUAUGCAAUUAGGACCUGUUAUUUAUUCAAGAAAAGCAGAGAAUUAUGGUUUAGGAAAAUCCUACUUAGACAGACUUUUUGAGUGUGAUUACUAUGGAAGCAGUGAUGAGAACUAUGUUACAAAGCUGGUGAGGAACUACCGCUGUCACCCUGCAAUCUUGGAUCUGCCAUCAAAGCUUUUCUACAAGGGUGAAUUGAUUGCUUGUAAAGAAGACACUGUAUCAUCUAUUUAUGAAUAUGCAGACCUUCCCAAUAAGGCAUUUCCUGUUCUUUUUGUUGGAAUUCAAGGUUGUGAUGAGAGGGAAGGCAAUAAUCCAUCGUGGUUUAACAGAAUUGAAGCCAGCAAAGUGGUUGAGAUCAUCAGGAAAUUAAGGAGGAAUACUGAUGUAAAUGAGGAUGAUAUUGGAGUUAUCACUCCAUACCGUCAACAAGUUCUCAAAUUAAAGAAAGCCCUCGAGUCACUUGAGCUGCCGGAACUGAAAGUUGGCAGUGUUGAGCAAUUUCAGGGUCAAGAGAGGGAAAUUAUAAUAAUAUCUACUGUCAGAUCAACGGUGAAGCAUAAUGACUUUGACCGAGCACACAACUUGGGAUUCCUCAGCAACCCUAGAAGGUUUAAUGUUGCUAUUACCCGUGCUAAAUCCUUGCUAAUCAUUGUGGGAAAUCCACACAUCAUCUGUAAGGAUCACCAUUGGAAUAAGCUUCUCAGGCACUGUGCAGAUAAUGGUUCUAACAUAGGAUGUCCUCUUCCUUCACCUGAAAGGGAUGACUAUACUAAUGAUGAGUCUACCGAAUACAAUUAUGAACAAAAUGUUCAACAUGAAGAUGGUCGGAGUGAUAUGCCCAGUGAGUACCAGAACAAUGUUGAGUGGAAUGACAGUGGCUUAAAAACAAGCACAGAUGUGGUUAAAUGGGGUGAUAUCGUCAUAGAGGCGACCGGGUGGGAAGAUGAUGAUGCUUCGGAACCCUACUCUAAAAGUGAAAGCAACCAAAACGUGCACUCAAGCAACUUUGGUCGGGGUGAUGAGCCUGAAGAAAACAGUAAUUCAUUAGCCUCAGGAAGUCAUGGAUGGAGUGACGAGGCGGCGUACAAACCUCGACUUGCAGAGAAAGAAAACGAAUGGUCUGAUGGGUGGAACUAAAAGUUGGGAAAGAUAACUUCGGCCUUAUCACCACAUCGGCACGGCACCAUAUCAAGCAUACACGGAUCAAACUUGAACCAAAUUGGGUGGUCAACCCACUUAGAUCAGAUCAGGUUAUCCAUUUUUUCUUAUGAUGUGGGAUGAUGAUACAGAUCAUACCAGUUUGACUACUGAUUGCCAGGAAUAUAGCUUUGCACCGAACAACAUCAAAUAAGCAUCGAUGAGACAACAGCCAGAGGAAAAGUGCAACAGCAGUCUCAGAAAUCAACUCUACAAAAAUACUUACCUCACCGGCUUCCUCUACAAAGGGAAAAAAGAGAAAGAGAAAGCGACUACUAACAGUAAAUACAUAAUGAUAUGUUCCUAAGCCACUUGCAGUCGAUCCAUUAAACGUUUCUGUCUGCUUAAUGGAUUUCUUUCAGCACUUGUCCUUUCCCUCAUCAA